GGAAGAGGGAGGCAUGGAGUGCCCCUUCUUUCUCUCCAGAUGCACUAGCGAGCAGUUGGGACAAUAGCCGGGUGACGUGUUUCAGACCUAUGACUGAAAUUGACAAACUCGCUGCCUUGCUGUUCGCCGAACGUGGGUCUCACACCAUUUUGCUGGUACAGCCUACCAAGAGGCCAGAAGGCAGGACUUAUGCAGACUGUGAGUCUGUGAAUGAGUGCAUGGAAGGUGUUUGUAAGAUGUAUGAAGAACAUCUGAAAAGAAUGAAUCCCAACAGCCCCUCCAUCACAUAUGAUAUCAGUCAGUUGUUUGAUUUUAUUGAUGAUCUGGCAGAUCUCAGCUGUCUUGUUUACCAAGCUGAUACACAGACGUACCAGCCUUAUAACAAAGACUGGAUCAAAGAGAAGAUCUACGUGCUUCUUCGUCGACAGGCCCAACCAGCUGGGAAGUAG